UGAGAUUUAAAUAAAUAAAAGAAUUGACUAAAUUAUUGUUAGAGAAAUAUAUGGCAACAUUGUUAGUAUAAAUAUAAGGUAAGACCAAAAAAUAAUGAGUUAUAUGAAAUGGUCCAAACAACUUUUAUAGGUAGAUUUUUUUAGACUCCUUUUCUUUUAAUAGUAUUGAUAUAACAUGCAUAUAUCUAUAUAUAAAUAUAUAUAGAAUAACUAGAAAGUAGUGGACAUGUUACAUUGGUAAAUUCCUCUAAAAUAAGGUUUAGACUAUAUAAGUUUAAUUUCUUCUAGAAAGUAGAUAUUUUCUUAUAUAUGGCCUCUAAGUUAUUUAGGGUUAUUAAAAUUGUAUCUAGUAGACCAACUUAUCGUUGGUUAUGCAUCAUACAUUAUAUUUAAUUUUAUAUAGAUUUAGAUUUCUGCUAUAUAUACUUAUUGACGAAAACAACUCUUCAAUUUUAUUGCUCAUAAGUAGAUUACUUAACUCAUUUGUUGGUAUCGAAAUUAGUAGUGUAUAUUCAAUUUAUAAGAGGUAUUGAAUUUUGUAGGCAUAUUGAACCGUAUUUUACUAUGAUGUAAUAUUUUGUUUUCUAAACAUAAGUUUUAGCAGUGAACUUCAGACCUAUCAAUUGGAUAUCUAUUUUUAUAGAUUUCCAACUAUUAAACAGUUGGCAAUAAAAAAAAUAUAUUGCUUUUAUGUGUGACAUUGACAUUUCUAACAGUCUUAAUUCUCUAUAUAUUAUUAUUAAAUGGUUAAUGAAAUUCGAAUUCAGCUAUGUAUUAGCUAGUUCUUUGCAUGACCGAUUGAGUUUUUUUACUGAUUUUGGCGUUUAGCUAAAAAACCAAAAUGGCAACUGGUGUAUCAUAUACUAACUCAUGGCCUUAUUGAUUAUGUUUGCAUGUAUAUCUAAGCCGUUGAACAUGAUGACAUACUUGUACUAGUAGGCCUUUUCAUACAUUAAUAUACUCUGUUAUUAUUGUCUUUUGAUAUUUCGUACAUUGGUUAUUCACUUAUUUGGUUAGAGUAGACGUAUAGCUGAUAUCUGGGUAUUUGUAAUCCGGUAUUUGUAAUCCGCGCUAUCUCAAUUUAUGAUUUGUUUGCUCCACCAUUAUGUAGGUAUUUAGUGUUUGAAUAUUCGAUAAAGUUUUGGUAUUUUUAGCCGGAUAUCUUAUAUAUUUCUUAUAAAUAAAUAAAUUUCAGGAGUGAAAAGCUACAAUAAAUGUAAAAAAUAAUAUUUCAUUAUAAAUUAUAAAUUUUGUUUUCUUUUAAAUAUUUAAUACCUAAAUAAUUAAUGUAAUGAAUAAAAAUAUUGUAAAAAUUGCAGUAAUAAAAUUUAUACAAUUAUUUAUAUACACACAUAUAUAUACAUAUAUAUUAGACAGUAAAUUUUGUUUUGGUAUUAGAGUUACCUAUAUUAGGAUUUCUUAGAUCAAAUCUAAAAAUACAACAAAUCAAACUAAAUAUCAGGGAUGUAAUACCUGCCCCUAAUAUAGACUAACACAAAACUAUUAUUGAACGUGAGAGUCAACGAGGCGAUGUUUUUUCAGCAAGAGGAAAGGGUAAAACUAUAAUUUCAAUAAACCAAAUACAAAGGUCAAUGCAAAGAUAAGCUUAGUUUCAGCUUAUAUAAACACGAUCGUAAAUCUAUAAUUCAACAAACUCUUCGUUUCGUUUUUUCAUUUCUCAACCAAAGCGCACACACACGCAAAAAGUGUUUUUUUUUUCGAGAAACCAAAUCAAAUCAAAUGGAAAAGGAAAGAGAGAUAGAGAUGAUCAACAAGAUGGCAAGCUGCUUGAUUUAUCUAUCAAAGGCUCACCAACACGACACCAAAAGCCGCGUUUUCGCGUGCAAGACAUGCAACAAGGAGUUCCCGUCGUUCCAAGCCUUGGGAGGCCACCGAGCAAGCCACCGCAGAUCGGCUGCGCUUGAAGGCCACGCACCUCCUUCUCCCAAGAGAGUCAAACCGGUGAAACACGAGUGUCCUAUAUGCGGUGCCGAGUUCGCCGUAGGGCAAGCCUUGGGUGGUCACAUGCGGAAGCAUAGAGGAGGAGGAGGUAGCCGAAGCUUGGCACCAGCGCCGGUGACUAUGAAGAAAUCCGGCGGCGGUAAUGGGAAAAGGGUCUUGUGUAUGGAUUUGAACUUGACGCCGGGAGAGAAUGAUGAUUUGAAGUUGGAGCUUGGGAUGUUGUGAUUUACUGAUCUUUUUACCUUUUCUUCUUUUGUGGGUUUAUACUUGUGUAGAGAUAUGUUAUUUUGUUUUAUUUUAGGACUCCAGUAGUUUUGUAUAAAGAACUUUAUGGUACUGUUAUUUAUAGACAUAUAUACAUAUUAUCUAUAUAUUGUCGAGUUAUUACAAUUAAAGAACUAAUAUAUAGGUCUGCUAAAUCUUUUUGUUGAAUUAUUUUUGGGGUAUCGUCAAAUAUUUGGGAAUGAAAAUACAGUAUAACCUCUUUAAAUUAAUACUAUAUAAAUUAAUAUACACUAAAAAUUUCUAUAAAAUAAUAUAAUUUUAUAGUCUCAAAUUGAGUUUUUGGUUUAAUUAAUAUAUCGAUAAAUUAAUAUCUCUAUAUAAAUUAAUAAAAAAAUUAUAGUUUUGGUGUAGUCUCAACUUUAUUAAUUUAUAAAGGUUUCACACUGUAUGUUUAGUAUGUUUUUGUAAGAAAACACGGCAGGUUUAGAUUGUUAGUUAAUAGAGUGAUUGUGAUUUAGUGAUUGUUUUGUUAGUAGUAAAGCUUCCAAUGACAAAGAUCUAUUUUUGUCAGUGAUCAACCAAUUUUUAAAUCGACUAUGGAAAAACUCAAAUCCAAGUCUCUAAUUCCAGAAUAAGUUUAUCAUCGCUAAAUCAUUAUAAAUAGGUGCGUUCUAUAAACAAACCAAAAAGGAUUUUUCCAUAAGCAGAAGUGCAUCUUGGUUUUGUUAUUUGUCUAUAAAUAGAACAUCUCAGUUUUUUUAUUUGUCUAUACAUAGGACAUUUAGUUCUGUUUUAACGCUUGGUAUAUAUCGUACUCCACUUACCAAAUAUCUGCUAAAAGCUAUUGGGACAAAAGAAAAGUCAUGUACAGUACUAUACUAGAAAUUUCAAUAUUUUAUUUCGUUAACGCUAUGACUUUUUGGUUUACAGAAAUUGACUGAUUAGUAUUUCAAAAUUUAUGUCAUUGUCAUGGAGAAUCAAAGUAUCCAGAUAAAAUAAAUCUCAACUAAAAUGAGUCGAUGGUGAUAAAUGUUUGUGUGGAACGAAAGAUAUGAUAAAGAAUAAGCAAGUGUUUGUAGUUUAGUGGUCGUAGUCAUGUAGAAGAUUGAUUUUCGCUAGAUGUACUUUUCUUGUUAUCUAACCAACGCAUAAUUUAUAUAGAGUUUGCAUAUUUCAAUUAGUAGGAUGUAAGGAUGAAUAUUCAUGCGAUGAAAUGCAUCGAUACCAGUUUGUUGCAAUGAUUGGACCUAUUGGAAGUUUGUAGUGCCACUACAGUAGUGGUGUAGUACUUUCUUGUAAAUUUGAAGAGAGAAACCAAGUUUCAGCGUAAGUACUUAAUAAGUAAUAUUAAGAUGGCAACCAUCCUAGCUAGCCAGGAAUAUAUAGGCUACGAUCCCCUAUUAAUUACCUGGUGAUCAGACAAAACUGUCUAGAGACUAUCAAUUUCAUUAAUUUACAAAAGUUUUUUUUUUUUUUUUUAGAAAGGGCUUUUAAUUUACAAAAAUAUUUUAAACCACAUGUGGUAUGUGGAUAAUGGAAUUAGCUGUUUGACAUUUAAAAAAAUACCAUCAAACAGAAUCGACGAAG